AGGAAGGAGUUUUACAGGCACUGAUGCAGGAGCCUGAAAGUAGCGUCAGGAAUGCAAUUGCUCAGUUCGUGGGAGUCAUUGCCCGCCAUGAAUUACCAGCAGGAAACUGGCCCGCACUUCUCCAGUUUAUUCAACAGAUGAUCCAGUCUCAGAACAAUCAAGAGAGACAGCUUGGUGUGUAUGUAGUAAGUGUGGUUAGUGGUGUAGCAGGCGAUCAGCUACUGCCUCAUCUAGGACACUUGCUUACCCUGUUCUCCACCACCCUGGAAGACACCACCUCACCAACUGCCUUCCACACCAUCCAAGCCCUUACGAACUUUGCUCCUCUUGUUGGUCAAGAGAAUAUGACUGAAUUCCAAGCCUUACUACCAAAGGUACUUGAAGCUGUUAAAGCAUUGUUAACCCAGGAUGAAGAUCAGGCCGCAGAGGCAAUGGAACUUUUUGAUGUUCUUGCUGAGUGUGAGGUAGCCUUACUGGUGCCCCACCUGCGACCUGUAAUCCAGUUGUGUUUAGAUGUGACAAGUAAUGCUGCCCUGGGAGAGAGUGUCAGAGUAAAAGCUAUCACUUUCUUGGGAUACAUUACAAGACUCAAAAAGAAGUACAUUGUGAAGAACAAGCUUGUGGUACCCUUGGUGACAGUGAUGUUUAAUGUGGCCUGCAGUGAAAAUGGAGAAGAAGAUUGUCUUGGAUUCUUCGGUGGGGAAGAUGGGGAAGGUGGAAGUCCCAUGCAUGCAGCAGCCCAGACUUUGGAUGCUUGUGCCUUACAUCUUCCCCCAGAUAAACUCCUCCCUUGCCUGAUGGGGCUUGUGGAACCUGCUCUCAAAAGUGGAAAUCCUCAUCAGGUGAAAGGAGCUUAUCUUGCUCUUGCCAUGGUUGCAGAGGGUUGUUCUGACACAUUAAGAUUGAAACACCUUCAUCCCCUUUUGCAGUGUAUCUGCCAUGGUAUAACCAAUGAAAAUCAGUUGGUCCGCAACAGUGCCCUCUUUGCCCUAGGUCAGUUUGCUGAACAUCUGCAACCUGACAUUAGCAAGUACCAUGCUGAACUUCUUCCUGUUCUCUUCCAGUAUUUAACACAGACUUGCAUAGUUGUUGGUAGUGGUGGAAGUGACCCACCAGGAGUUGAUCGCAUGUUCUAUGCCCUUGAAGUGUUUUGUGAAAAUCUUGAGGCAGAGCUACUUCCACAUCUUCCAUCACUGAUGGAAAGACUCCUUGCAGUGCUUGCUGCUCCAACUUCUGUUCACAUGAAAGAGUUGGCCAUAAGUGCCAUUGGUGCCACAGCAAAUGCAGCAAAGGAACACAUGGCUCCUUAUUUCCAACAAAUUGUAGAAAUGUUGAAAGGAUACUUAACAGAAGACCAGACAGAAGAAACCAUGACACUUCAAGUUCAGUCAAUAGAUACUCUAGGACAACUAGCAAGAUGCAUGGGCGUGGAAAAUUUCUCUGUGUAUGCCCCAGACUGUGUUGCCUUGGGUCUAGGACUCAUGGAACGCAAAGAUGAUCCAGAUGUACGGAAAACUUGUUAUUUACUCUUUGCCUCUUUGGCAUCUGUGAUGAAAGGUGAUAUGGCUCCACACCUGCCCAAAGUCAUGAAAAAUAUGAUGAUGUCUCUGAGAAGCACUGAUGGAGUUGUAACCCACUUUAAGGAUGAAGAAGGUGGACUGCCAACAACCAUUGAAGGCUUGAGUGACUCUGAAGAGGAAGAAGGUGAGGUUGACGUGUUAGCUAAUGAUGAACCAGAGGAUGAAGAUGUAGCAGGGUAUUCAGUGGAAAAUGCCUUCCUUGAAGAGAAGGAGGAUACUUGUGUUGCACUGCGGGAGCUUUCCCUACACUGCGGGGAUUCCUUCCUUCCAUACACGGAUACAUGUGGGGAGGAAGUAUACAAGAUGUUAAAUUAUCCAAGUGAGGAUGUACGCCAAGCAGCAGUUGGGGCAAUGGCACAGUUUGUUAACAGUCUUGCCAAGAGCACGGCACCAGAAGCAGCAGAAGGUUUCAAGAAGUGGAUUCAAGUAUUGAUUCCCAAGUUAUCCGAACUGAUCCGUACUGAUGAAGAACGUUCUGUUGUGAUGGCUUGCUUGGAAGCAUAUGCAGAGGUUUUGAAGGAGGCUGGUGCACCAGUUCUGGUUCCUCAGGGACAUCUGGAGGCUAUUAUCAACUGUGUCAAGGAUGUUAUGUUGAAGAAGACAAUGUGUCAAGACAUGGCAGAUGAAGCUGGUAGUGAAGAUGAAGGUGAAGCAGAACAUGAUGAAAUGCUAGUGGAAUAUGCUGGUGAAGUUGUACCAAGUCUGGGGAAGGCUAUGCCACAGGCAGAAUUUGCAACACAGUUUGCUCAGUUGCUUCCUCUGUUUGCCAAUAAAACCAAAAAGAGUUGCAGUGUUGCUGAGAGAUCAUUCAGCUUAGGAACGUUAGCAGAAGCUGUAGAAGCUCUAGGCUCAGCCAGUGGACAGUUUGUGCCCCAGUUGCUACCCCUGUUUCAGCAAGGUGCUGCUGAUGAAGAUGACGAAGUUCGUUCUAAUGCAAUCUAUGGUCUGGGAGUGCUUGGCCAACAUGGUGGUGAGGCCAUAACUGGACAUUACAACAACAUUCUCGCAACCUUGUCUGCAGCUCUCAGUAAAGAGACUUUCCCCAGAGCUUUAGACAAUAUUUGUGGGGCUGUUGCUAGACUUAUUUCAACAAGCCCAAGUAAUGUACCCCUAGAGCAGGUAUUCCCUGUGGUACUGGGUUGUCUACCUCUAAGGGAAGAUUUUGCAGAGAAUCCAACUGUUUUUGAGUGCUUCCUGGUGCUGUAUCGCAUGCAGCACCCAUUAUUGGCACAGAACUUGGUGCCCAUCUUGAGACUUGCUGCCCUGAUCUACACUACAAAGCAAGCUGAUGAUAAGACAAACCAGCUUAUCCAGGAGUUUGUGGCAAGUGUCAACAGGGAUUUCCCUGAUCAAGUUUCAUCCCUUGCACAAAAUUUGGAACCUGAACUAAAAGCAAGACUAGAGGCUGCAGCUGCUGCAGGUGCCACCCUUGUUGCAUCACCCCCAACUUAAAUGAUGAUGAACACCUCCAACCAUUUUCUCCCUAAUAAUUAAAAUUAAUGCUAUUAGAUUCUAACACAUCUCAGCUGUGUUAGGAUUUAAGAAUUUAGCUAUAAUUACCAUGUUCAGUCUAGCUUUUGUGCUUUUGUAUUUGGUAUUGCUUAUAGAAAAGAACUGCAACCCAUAUCAAUCAUAAGAGCUUGAAGAGUUGUUUCUACUAUUUGGCAUCAGUCUUACAAGUGCUUUUAAUACUCCAGGUAUCUUAAAUAAUGCAUGGGAGAGUGAAAAGUGACACAGUAAACUCUUCAGCAUACACUGAUGGUCCAUACAACCGAGUUUUUUCAUCCAGAAAAAAAAGUGAAUGCAGAAAUGGAUGGUACAUUGUUCUCUGUUUACCUAGAACAGAGUAUGAUAUUUGUCCAAAUAGAAUUAAACUUUUUGUUCUUUUCUUGUCUCUCUUUUUGUCAAGAUAUUUGGAUUAGUUAAAGUAUUAUUCAAGUGUGACAGCUUACCAAAUGUCCUUAAGUAACCAGAUAUUAGAUAACUAAAUAGUUUGGUGUAACAACACUACUUAACAUUAUUUUAUAAUACGCAUCACUUAUAUAUGACAUGUAUGGAUCAAAAUUAAAAGUAUGUUGAUUUUUUGAUCUGCACGAGAAGAAUUGUGUCCAUAGUUGCAGGUGUUAUAACAGAAUAGUGAAAUAGUAAGAUGUACUUGAAAAGUGUUCUCUUUGUUGUAAAGGGGAAAGUUAUGCAGCUAUGAGGUUGUUGUUUUAUUGUGCAAUUCUAGUUUAGAACUAUAUGUACAACAUUAAUUCAGUAUAGUUUUGCCUGUUGACAGAGUAUUAUAUUUUAUUUUAAACUUGAAGCUUCCAUGUUGAUUAAAUUAUCAAAGUUUAGGUAAUGAAGUUAAGUUACAGGUAUACUGUUCAAAGUAGAAGCAGUAUAUGGGAUGCAGAAUAAAAUAUUUGUUAUAUAUCUUAAAGACUAGUUCUUUAUUUUUGACAGUAGUAAAAUGUUGCAAAACAUUACUUUGAAGUAAUGCAUAUUUUGUUAUUUACAGACUCCUGUGGGAGAAAUUUGUCUAAGAUCAAAUUAUUCAACCAGUGAGUGUUCAUUCAGGAAGCUGCUUGUGUGGAGGGUAGGGCACUCAAUUGGGUGCUGAUAAAUAGUACAUGUGAUACUUGUGAAGUGCUCUAUUUUUGACAUACAGAAUAACUUGGUGGCCAGCAUAUUGAUGAAAAGAGAUCUGUCCCAUGUUAAGCUAAGGUUUAAUGUAUACGUCGCUCAUGUGCGUGUAGUUCGUCUUUCAGAAGUUUGAAAGUACACUUUCAAGAUUUUUGAAAUAAAUGUUCUGGAAAACACUUCUUGUUUUGAAAUGGAUACAAUUUCUACUUUUAUAAUAUAAAUACUUAAUAAGUUAACAUUAAGACUACUGCCUUGCUCAGCCAUUUUUUUUGUAUUAUUUUAGCAGAAAAUAUAGGAUGGUUUAUAUGGUAAAAAUAUUGAUUUUUAGAAAGUAAAAACAAAAUUUAACAAAUUUGAAUCUUGAAAGUCUAUUUUCACAAAGACCAUACAACAAGAAAAAAAAUGUCGCAGCUUUAAUAUCUAAAGUUUGUUCUGCAGAUACUACCCGACAGAGCAAUUACGGUGACAGACUGAGUAAUUAGUAGAGUGCUUACAUCUCGACUUCCUUCCAGUAAUAAAAAUUUUAACAGGAGGUUCAGUUGAAAUCUCAAGUCUUGUUGAUAUUUCAGUGGUACGCAUUAUGAUUCUAGUCUCCUGUUUCAAGGACUUGCAAUAUUUGUAAUUUGAUGCAUUUUGUAAUCUGUGAGAUAGCAAGUUAUGAGAUUUGGAGUAGUAUAUUCUCAAUGUAUCUUUCCACAUUUGUAUGCUUUUAGUUAGAACAUAUACUAUUUUUGUACAAUGUUAAGUGCCUUGUAUAAGUCUGAUGCAAUGACAUUGUCAGCUUAACUUGGUUUCUUAAGAAGUGGGAUGCUGAUGAAAUAAAUGCCUUGCUGUUU